AUGUCCCGAUUCAAGGACAUUUUCCUUGCGUUGCAAAGUGGACAAUUGGAUGCUACUGAUGAUUUUCGUCUAGAGGAUGGUUAUCUUUUUAGGUCCAAUAAAUUGUGCACCCUCGGACUUCAGUACGAGACUUUAUAUUGGCCAAACAAAAGAGACAAAACACUGGUCUUUACACACCUCUUCCCAUCCCUAGUUGGCUUUGGCAAGAUGUCAUGGAUCGUUUCUCGAAAAUGGCCCACUUUAUCCCUUGCAGCAAGAAUUCAGAUGCCUCUAAGGUUGCUAGGUUGUACUUUAAUGAGAUUGUUAAAUUGUAUGGCCUUCCUAAGUGGUGUGUCGGAUAGGGAUGUUCGGUUCACUAGCCACUUCUGGAGAACCUUAUGGCACAUGGUUGGCACUAAGUUGAAAUUUUCCACUACGUAUCAUCCUCAGACCGAUGGUCAAACUGAAGUUGUUAAUCGCAGUCUUGAUAACCUAUUAAGAUGUCUAGUUCAUGAAAAUCUUGAGGAACUGGGAUUUAAUCCUCCCGAUAGCCCAAAUUGCAUAUAA